UAUGCCAGGUCCGCCCAGCCUGCAGCCAAGUGUACAGUUUCUUUCACUCUGCUGACCCCUCAGCCUGCAGACUUGAACCAUUGCUGGAGAAGAGAUUCCAUCUCCUGCCUCCAUUCAGCAUCCCGCGGUACCAGAGAUACCCACUGGGUGAUGGAAGAUCUCACCAGUUAGGUGAUGCUAUCCACAACCACAGUGCUCUUUUCCUUGAGAACAGCUCUUUGAACAUACCUUUCUCUCAGGAGAGUCCUGGAUCUCCAAAUGCAUCUGAUCAACCACAAGGAAAACCAAGAAAGUUGAGUUUGGACAGCACAAACAGUGAAAACUCAGGGUCAACAGAAAGCUUGCCGUCAGCGUACCUCACCAACAUUACUGCGAAGUGGUGGGGAACAAAAAGAAUAGAUUAUGCCUUGUAUUGUCCAGAUGUACUGACAGCCUUUCCAACCGUGGCCCUACCGCAUCUCUUCCAUGCCAGCUACUGGGAAUCAACAGACGUUGUGGCCUUCAUUUUAAGACAGGUUAUGAGGUAUGAAAAUGUAAAUUUCAAGGAAAAUGAUAACCUGGAUCCAGCAACACUGAGUCCAUCGAAUCAACGAGAAAAAUGGCUACGCAAAAGGACACAUGUCAAAUUGAGAAAUGUGACUGCCAAUCACCGAGCUAAUGACGUCAUUGCAGCAGAAGAUGGUCCUCAGGUACUAGUUGGGCGCUUUAUGUAUGGGCCUCUGGACAUGGUAGCUUUGACAGGCGAAAAGGUUGAUAUCUUCAUCAUGACCGAGCCGUCAUCGGGUAGGUGGGUGUACUUUGACACAGCGAUAUCCAGCAGUAGUGGCCGGAUAUCCUACAGCAUACCCAAACAGAAGAGACUGCGGGUUGGUGUGUAUCCCAUCAAAAUGGUGGUCAGAGGGGACCAGAGCAGUGCUGCAAGUUACCUGACUGUGCUUCCCCGAGGAAUGGAAUGUGUUGUGUUCAGCAUCGAUGGUUCAUUUGCAGCAAGUGUUUCAAUUAUGGGAAGUGACCCCAAAGUCCGAGCUGGGGCUGUUGAUGUUGUCAGGCAUUGGCAGGAUCUGGGAUAUCUGAUUAUCUAUAUUACUGGCCGUCCAGAUAUGCAAAAACAGCGUGUGGUUUCAUGGUUGUCUCAACACAACUUCCCACAAGGGAUGAUCUUCUUCUCAGAUGGACUUGUUCAUGACCCACUGCGACAAAAGACCAUUUUUCUCAGGAAUCUUGUGCAAGAGUGCCACAUCAAAAUCUGUGCUGCAUAUGGUUCCAUGAAGGAUAUUUCUGUCUACAAUGUCUUGGCUCUGUCGCCAUCCCAGAUCUACAUAGUUGGACGUUCAACAAAGAAAUACCAGGCACAGUGUCAAUUCCUCAGUGAAGGUUAUGCAGCCCACUUGGCCUCGCUGGAGUUCAGUCUCCAUUCACGACCCAAAAAGAACAACUCUCGGAUGAUUUUGAGAAAAGGCAGCUUUGGCCUCCACUCCCAACCUGAGUUUUUGCGCAAGAGAAACCAUCUCCGCAGGACUAUGUCUGUACAGCAACCUGACCCACCUUCUUCGAACCCCAAGCCAGAGCGUGCCCAGAGCCAGCCCGAGUCAGACAAAGAUCAUGACAGGCAUUUGCCCUCCGUUGCUUGGGUUCGAAGUGGAGUUCACAAAUUUGAAUCUGUCCCCUAGCAAGCUUGGGAAUAUAGAGCUUGGGUGCACCCCCUUAAACUCGUAGGCGUGCCUCAGAGAUAAUACUUAGGCAGCUCGAAACUAAGAGAUGUAGAGGAGAACCAUACCUCGGAGUCUUCCCUGCUCUGCAGUCUGCCUUCUUACACCAACUGGGGAACCUCCAGUCUGUUUCUCUUGGCAUAUUCAUUGGGAAAUUUUAAAACAAUCUUAAAACUGUCGCAUCAAAGCAACAGGAAA